UUCACAGCCUGCUGCUGCUCACCGUGAAAUAUAUCUCGAGUCCGUGACCAAUACCAUAGAACCAUUAAUUCGUGACCAAGGUAUACCAAUAACAAGUUGUAGACUUACGUGUCUCAUACCCAUGUUAAUAAAGAAUAAUGAUUUUUCAUUCAAUAUUGUGAAUCAUUCUGCUUAAACUUUAAAAAUGGCGAAUAAUGAUUUGACUAGAGUAAAGGGAACUUCUAUUGUUAAACCAAUUAUAUAUGGAAAUACUGCUAAAUAUUUUGGUCAAAAACGACAUGAAGAUGGUCAUACUCACAAAUGGUGUGUAUAUGUAAGGCCUUAUGUAAAUGAAGACAUUGGCACCUGGGUCAAAAAAGUUCAUUUCAAAUUGCAUGACAGCUAUGAAAGUCCAACUCGAGUGGUGCAGAAACCUCCAUUUGAGGUCUCUGAAACAGGCUGGGGCGAAUUUGAAUUAGUAAUCAAGAUAUUUUUUCAAGAUACAAGUGAAAGACCAGUUACACUUUAUCAUGUACUUAAGUUGUACAGCAAUGGACAAGACUCUGAACUAAGUGAAAAACCAGUUUUUUCAGAAUUUUAUGAGGAAAUUAUUUUUCAAGAUCCAUCAACUUUCAUGAAAUUUAUACUAAAUGAUACAUUGAGUAAAAAUCCUUCAAUUGAUGAAAAAAAUCUACAUUAUGAACGCAUAAAGAAGACCACAGUUGAAAAAAUGAUAAAAUCUAGAAAAAGAGUACAAGAACAUACAGUUAUGUACAAAGAACGUCUAAAAAAAUUAAGAGAAACCAUAAAUAAAUUUAAAGAUGAAAUUUGUGCAUUGCAAUCACAAUGCAGUUCAUCAACUUUGCGAUAAAUAAAAAUAAAUAGAACCAUAGCGACAAUUGACAUCCUUUAUCAAAUACACAAAUAUUAGAUACAUAUUUAUUCUAGUUAUUAUAUUUUAAUCUGUGUUCAUUUUUAAAUUUAAAUAUCCAACAGUAUAAACUAUAAACAUAACUCAUGACUUCUUUAUGAAAUAAUAUAUUUUACAUACAGUGAGGCAUAUUUUUCUUAACAUGUAACCCAGAUUUAAAUCAAACCGGUUAAAGUAGCUUGUCAACUACACAAUCUUACAAAAGCGUUUAGACCUCAUGUCUUCCUUACAAGUACAAUAAACGAAAAAUAAAAAUAAAAUCUUAUCCGACUUUUAAUUUAAAACAAUAUAAUAAUAUAUUAUAUGAUACCCCCUGUGUCCUAUUAGUUGUUCCAUUCAUGUUUAAUUUUUUCUGAAGAACGUCCAGGUUAAGAAAUGAUAAUAUAGACCAAACAAAUUAUAUAGUAUCAACAUUUACUGACCGUUUCCUUUUAUGUAUGUCAACUGUCAAGUCAUAUCACAUAUUAUAAUAUUGCACACAAUAUGCUCAUUGUAAAUAUUAGAUUUAUGUAUUGUAAUAGGUAUACGGUAUACACUAUGUAUAAAAUAAAAUUCAAAAUACUAAAUAAUA